UCAGUCAAGAAGAACUCCUAAAAAUAUGGAAAGGACUCUUCUACUGCAUGUGGGUGCAGGACGAGCCCCUUCUGCAGGUAACGCAGUCCCCUCGUCAUGGUCCUGGACCUUUGCCACGAUGGACGCCAAUCUGCUGCCAUCCCCAAACAGAUGGAAGUAAAUGCUUCAAGGAGCCAUUGUCUCAGCUCUUGUCCCCUCAGGAAGGGGCAGCGGGCACUUAGGCUGUGCUUUCAGACAUAUCGGACACGCUAAGUCAUAGAUCCCCUAUUGCUCUCGUCAUUUCAUAGCUUCUAUGGAGGAGCUAGCGAACAUUAUUUCCCAACUCAUCCACGUUGUAAACAGCUUGGAGGCUCAGUACCUGUUUAUUCAGACCUUCUGGCAGACCAUGAAUCGAGAGUGGCAAGGGAUAGACAAGCUGCGGCUGGACAAGUACUGCAUGCUGAUCCGCCUGGUCCUGAGGCAGUCCUUUGAAGUUCUCAAGCGGAAUGCCUGGGAAGAAAGCCAGAUCACACUGUUUUUGGACAUCCUGAUGAAGGAGGUCCUGAGUCCUGAGAGUCGGGCUCCCGAUGGCAUCAGAGCCCACUUGAUUGAUGUGUACUUGGAUGAGCUUACCACGGUGGGAGGGGCAGAGCUCUUAGCGGAUCAGAACCUCAAGUUAAUCGAUCCAUUCUGCAGAAUUGCUGCCAAGACUAAGGACCACAUGCUGGUACAGACUGUAGCGAGGGGUGUUUUUGAAGUCAUUGUAGAUCAGUCUGCCUGUGUACCUGAAGAGUCUGUGGAGGAGCGGAAAACCAAAGAGGAUGGCAGUGGCUUCCCUACAAAGGAGCUGGCCUGCAGGAAGGCAGUCAGUGGGAAGAAAGCUGCUCUGGACGAAUGCCUCAGAGACGGAGUCAUUGGCAGCAGAGAAAGAGACAUCUGUGCAGCCUUGAAAGAUUCAGGGUCACCUCUCCAGUUUGACUAUAAGGCUGUUGCUGAUCGACUCCUGGAAAUAGCCAACUCAAAGAGCACCCCACCUUUCAACAGGAAACGACUCUGCAGACUCGUCAGAAAGUUCCAGGGCCUCUGUGAAGGCAAUGGUGCUCCACUCAGUUUUGCUGAGGACAUUCCUGCUGGGGAAAAUGGUCAGAGAAGGCUCAAGAGGAAAAGAAAGAAGCUUUUAGAGAAAGCUGCCUUAGAGAGUGAGAAAGGAAACACAGUCUCUCCUGCUGCUGAAGAGGACAGUGGAGGCCACAUUCACAAGAAGAAAAGGAAAAAGAGGAAGAGGAGCCCCUUCCAGCCUGACACUCAGAACCUGGAUGCUGCUGCCACGCCCAAAGUACCGAAUGCGGAGAGGGAGCCUGACACUACCCAGAGGCAGGCCCCACAAGCAUGUGCGACUGAGCCUACAGCAGAGGCUGUGUCCAGCAUCCGGGAGAACAGCUCCAAGCCUACACCCAUCUUGCCCAUACACAAUAAAAGAAAACGGCUGAGAAAGAAGAAACUGAGGGCCCACAAAGAGAUCUGCAAAUCCACUACUUUACCUCAGGAGGACAUGUCAAAGAAUGACGCUGUCAGUGGGCAUUCUCAGAGCUCUGCUGCCCACAUUUCUUCCUCAGAAGGUGUCCAAGCCCAGAAAAGGAAACGGAAACUGGGAGCUCUCCCUGUCAGCAGUGGUGACCUACCUGUACAAAAGUCAGGUACCCCAACAAGCCCAGUGGAAGGGAAGGAUGGCCAGACCACCCUGCCCCAGUGUAAGAAGUCACAAAAGAAGAUAGCAUCCAGCACCCUUGACCCCUGUUAUCCAUCCAGUCAAAAAACAGCAAUCUCAAAAAAGAAGAAAACAAUGAAGCUGAUGUCAAACGGUGUGUUGGAGUCCAACCCUGGACAGAUCCAAGCUCUGGGAAGCAACAGGACUUUGAAGAAGCCGCUGAAAACGGAGGACGACUUUGUCAAGUUUGACACUCGGUACUUACCAAAGCCCCUGUUCUUCAGGAAAGCCAAGAACAGCUCUGCCACCUGUUCCCAAGGCCCUGCUGGCCAGCUGAAUAAAACACCCUCCAGUUCCAAGAAAGUCACCUUUGGAUUGAACAGAAACAUGACUGCAGAAUUUAAGAAGACAGACAAGAGUAUCCUGGUCAGCCCCACAGGCCUCUCCAGAGUGGCCUUUAACCCUGAGCAGAGGCCACUCCACGGAGUGCUGAAGACCACCACGAGCUCCCCGGCCAGCACUCCUCUGUCGCCCAUGAGGCUACCAGCUACCACCCCAAAGAGAAGGCCAAGGGCUGCGGACUUCUUCUGAGAGCCAGGAGCCCUUUCUGAAGCCUGCUUUUAUACCGGAUGUUCUAUAAAUUAUAACUUUUAAA